AUGCGCGCCACCAACCAGCGUGACAGACACGUGAUUUCAAACUGCCCCAUUGAUUGCAAAGCCUUAAACCGCCGUGUUAAGCACUCGUUAAAACAACAUCGCGGCAGAGCAUGUGCAUCUGCUGAGGCCGAAGGCGCUCAAGCCACUCAAAAGACGACACACGUAAUGUCGCAGGCCGAGUUUGAUCAGAUCCUCGAAAACAAGGCGAAGCAAUUCUUCGAGGUCUUCAAUUCUCCUCCCAAGAACACCGCCAGUUGGGAUGACUUCACGCGCAUUCGAACACUCGGCCGAGGUGCCUUUGGAAGGGUCCUUUUGGUCCGCUACAAGAACACCGAUCAGUUCUACGCCAUGAAGGUACUUUCAAAGCUGGAAAUUGUCAAAUCUCGUCAGAUUGACAAUGCGAUAAUGGAAAAGCGUAUCCUUGCCGCGUGCAACAUAAAGCAAGUAAUCAAGCUUGCCUACAGUUUCAAGGAUAACAGCUACCUUUACAUGGUGACCGAAUUCGUGAUUGGCGGUGAAAUGUUUGGUCUGCUUAGAAAUAUGCGUCGCUUCCCAGAUGGCAUGGUCAAGUUCUACGCCGCGCAGGUCCUCCUGGCAUUCGAAUAUCUGCAUUACCUCACCAUUGCGUACCGGGACUUGAAGCCAGAAAACAUCCUCAUAACCGGGGAAGGCUUCAUCAAGGUGGCUGACUUGGGAUUCGCUAAACUCAUUCCCAAGGACAAACGCACGUGGACUCUGUGUGGCACGCCAGACUACAUGGCCCCGGAGAUUAUCAUGAAUAAAGGUUACAGUCACGCUGUUGAUUGGUGGGCGUACGGCGUUCUGCUCUACGAAAUGACCACCGGCUUCCCGCCAUUCAUGCACCAGGAGCAAAUGAAGACGUUUGAGCACAUCAUCUCAGGAAAGGUUAAAUUUACAAACCAAUUCGGUCCAGAUUUAAAGGAUUUGAUCAAGAACCUAAUUCAAACAGACCUCUCUAGACGCUACGGUAAUUUACGCAAUGGAAUUAUGGAUGUAAAAAAUCAUGCCUACUUCAGUGACGUCGAUUUUAUGGCGGUUUACAAGCAAAGCGUUCGGCCUCCCUACGUGCCGAAAGUAAAAAGCCCUGGCGACGCCAGUAAUUUCGAGAAAUGGGAGGAGGAGAAGCUGAAAAUAGCCGAUCGGGAGAAAUUCAAAGCUGAAUUUGAAGAUUUUUAA